UUAAACAUGGAGUCGUAAACAGUACUCGAAGGAAAACAAUGAACGAUGGAAACGGAUGUGUUAUCUAUACUUUGGUGUGCCUGUGAUACCCCAGCAGACGUCUUAUCACCAUUCUCUCUAGUCAUAAGAGGCGUGACAUAUUUCAAAAGCGAUUCCCUUUUUUAGCCAUUAUCGUGCAAGGCCAAAUGUGGCAAAAUUGCUGUUACUGUACUUCUGAAAGUUCAUUUCAUUUUUAUGAGUCUAGUAGAUCUAGAUCUAGGCUACUUUGUCUGACUAAGAUCUAUCGUAUUGUAAUUGUUUGUGGUGUAGAUACAAGAAGUGGUGCUGACGAAAGUAUUCCUUUCUAACUCAACCUAAUCUGACCUAAUCAAAGAUGUAACACUAACUUCACGGAAAUUGAUAACAACAAAAAAACACUGGUGACUAGGGUACCUGAUGACUGAUGUGGCAAAACUUGAGACUGAGAUUUAUUUCAAGUGAACUUAUGAGACUUCUUUGACUUUGGCUUUUAUAUUUGUCUUUAACUUUAGCCUACCCAUGAAUGGAAUGGAUCCUAUCAUAUGUGAUAAGCCUAGCCCUUUUCAUUGGUAACUGGGAUUUAUAAAGAACAAGUCGUUUCUCUAUCUAAAGUCUAAUGUCUUAUUAUUAUUAAGAAAAGAACUUUGGACAUUUUGGUCAACAGUCGACGUAUUUCAAAGAGUCAUUGACCCAUUCUUCUGUGAAAGCUAAAAAUUUUACGGUGGUUCCAUAAUGGCGGCCAGCUCAAAAUAUGAUGAGGAUUUGUAUGAAAAUCCUUACUUCAUUGGAAUCAUGUCAAAAUUCCCUGCGUACAUAGACAAAAUUGUGUCAUCCAAAGGCAUUCUGUGCGUUCCAAAGUAUUCCAUUGCUGCACAAAUAGAUCUUCAGGUUACAGACCUUGAAGAUCACAUCCUUCUGCCUACAAAAGAAGUUGUUGAUGAUGCUGAUGAUUUUAUUACUAUAUCUGGCAAAACGGUCAGAAUAGGAGAUGGAAGCCUCAUCGGUCAAGCAGGAUUCGAUAGUCAGAGAGAGGCUUCGAUUUUGUUUGCUGAAACAUUUCACACUGAUGAAGGUGGAAGUUACAGGGUGUUUUGCAUUGGUGGAUUUCUCAACAGAACCGUUGAUGUUUCACCAAGAAAUUCCAGUGUGAACAAGGUUCUCUCACCAACUAGUUAUCAGCAGUGCAUGGACUUGCUGUGGUCACAUUCAGGUGGACAAAAGAGUAGAGAUUCUCUGAACAGGAUGCUGAGCACAUUUGCGACAUCCUAUGACAGACUCGAAGGAGAAAACUUGAGAAGCAUUGUGGAUGCAGCCAACACUCAUUUUACCAAAGCAAUGCAGCUGAUGCUGAAAGAUUCUGUUGUGAGGCGCUCUGCCAGACACAAUGUCCAGUACAUGGAAAACCUCAAGGUUGCAGUUGAGACAUAUGUGAUGAAUGCCAUCCACAAACAUCUGUUUCGAGUUAUCACGGCUACAUUUGCAACUCAGGAUGCGGAGAUCAAUAAAAUCACUCGUAAUCUGGUCAGUCUGCAGCUCACAGACCUUGGAAUCAGGAAAGUAUUCAACCAAAACAUUCCUCCAGCUAAAAAAGAGUUGAGUCGUCUCAACCGAUACAGCACCCCAAUGGGGAGACUCUUCUGUGUUAAGCGUGUGGUGGCAGCCCUCACCAAGCCUCCCAAACAAAACGGCAAGGAGGAUUCUAAAGACACGGCCGAAAUGAUGACAACAGAUGAUCUGCUCCCAAUCUUGAUCUUCCUUAUCAUCAAAUCAGAAACACCAAACUGGAUGGCAAACCUGGUGUACAUGAGGCAUUUCCACUUUGCAAAAUCUUCGGAUGAUGAUGAGUUUGGAUUUUAUCUGGCUUCUAUUGAAGCGGCCUUGGAGCACAUACGCAGUGGGAAUGUGAGAGAUGAAAUCAAACCUCUUAAGCGUGAGAGGUGGAACAGCAUCGUGGUCACAGAUGUUGCUGACAGUUCAGCCUCGUCAUCUAACACAGUGUCUUCAGCCACCGGCACCCCCAGUCGUCAGGUGUCCCAGACAUCCGUUAUUGAUGAGUUUUUUAAAUACGUGGAGUCGGGCGAUGAGAAGAUGGUUCAGCAGAUGUUGGAGAAGCCACACCGCAGCAGUGAGGAGCUCCACUUGAAGCUGUGCCACCCGCUGUGCGCCUGCGAUAAAUGCGACAAACUGAUGGGCAAGCUGCGGAACGACUCAGAGCUUGUCACCGCCUACACCCGUGACAAUCGGGGCUACACUGCUCUGCAUAUGGCAGCGUACUACGGCCAAGGACUUCUCAUUGAUCUCCUCAUCCAGAACAACGCCGUGGUGGACGCCACCGACUACCUGGGUCAGACCCCCCUGCACCUGGCCUGUCAGAGAGGUUACCAGAAUGUUAUGCUGCUGUUGCUUCACUUUGGCGCUGACGUCAUGGCUCGGGACAACGAAGGGAACAGUCCGCUACACCUGUGCUGUGCUAAUGGACAUGAGGAUUGUGUGAAAGCUCUUGUUUUUUAUGAUGCCUCUUUGAGAAAAAUGCAAAUCAAUACAGCAAAUGAGUUUGGAGACACUCCCCUUCAUCUGGCCGCCAAGUGGGGAUAUGAAUCCAUUGUUAAAGCUUUACUGGAAAACGGUGCGGAUGCGACUUUAUGCAACAGGAAAAGGCAAACUCCAGUGUCCUUAGCACAAAAUGUCAAAGUUCAAAGAUGGCUACAGAUGGCAGCUGAUGGUCAGGAUCUGCAACCUAUUCGACCCAUGUACGUCAGUCCAAAGACAAGAUCUAGGUCUUCCUCUUCCUCGUCGACUUCGACCUUUUCACACCACCAAAGUAGUCUCAACAUUUAUGAGCCAGAGAACAGUGCAUCCAUAUUCCGAGUUGAAACUGCGUCUCUGGAAGCGGCUAAUGAGUCGGAGAAAAGGAGGAAAAAAGAGAAGCUGUUUAAAGCCAUCAUUGAAGGAGAUAUUCAGCUGGUGAAAUUUUAUCUGGGUGUUCAAUCAAAGGUAGCAGAUCCUGAUGAUGAUGACGAGACUGACGUUGUUCUCCCAGGGUCGUCGUCGAUCUCUGACAUGUGUCACCCAUUGUGCCAGUGUGGAAAAUGUCGGGGGAUAGUAAAGGUCACACAGCGCUCGAAAGACAAGCUAAGUGUGAAUGCAAAGACAUCAACAGGUUACAGCCCCAUUCACAUGGCAGUUCUCCAUAGCCACAGUGAUAUAGUGGCUCUGCUCAUAGCUCUCAGAGCUGAUCUCAGUGCUCACAACCAUAAAAGCCUUACCCCUCUGCACCUGUCCUGCUGCAUGAAAAACAGUUUGAUCACUGACAUGCUGUUGCGGGGUGGUGCAAAGUUGGAUGCUCAGGAUAUGAAUGGAGACACGCCUCUUCUGAUUGCUUCCAGCAAUGGGUUCAUUAAUGGUGUCAAGAUGCUUAUUCAGAACAAAGCUCGCUUGAACGUGACCAAUGGGAGAGGGAACUCUGCUGUCCAUGAAGCUGUCAAGCGAAAUCAGUUGGAGGUUGUGAAACUGCUUCUGGAAGCGGGAGCGGAACCGAGGAUCUCCAACAAACACGAGCAACUGCCGGUACACCUCACACAGGAUCCAGCUAUGCAAGCUCUCCUGAUGGCUACUACGUUCAAACUCAAUGAAGCUGAGGCAAAAGCUCAGAGGCAGAGACCAGUUAUUACGCAAGAUAGAAAUGAGAACAGAGUUUGUCAAAUCACCAUCAAAGAGUUGUUUGCUGCAUUUGAGGAAAGUGACUUGCGCACCUUGAAAGCUCUCAACGAAUCUGUACGCAGGUUUGAUCGCACGUCGAGCCUAAGACGUGCUGAAACCAAAGACAAGAGCUCUCCCCACCUGAAGGAUAUCGCACAAGCUUAUUCCAUCAAGUCCUUCAACAGGGGCACAUUACGCAAAGUUCAGUCUCUUGACAAAGCAGAUCCUCUCUACAUUUAUUCUUUAUCACAAUCCAGAAGUAUGGAUUCACAACUCAGUAGCAGAAUUUUGAAUGAUUCGCUAGAGAAAUGUGAGACACAAGAUGAUUCACUUUUGAGAGUUGAAGGUGGGGAUGGGUCUAUAAAUCCUCAAACCCCAACAGGAUUCAGGGUUCUUCCUGAAAAUGCUACGACCCCUUCUGGAUUUUAUUCAAGCUUUGAGGGGAGUAUGUACGAUGAGCAACUGACUCCUCUAGGAGACAACUUGCACUUGUCUCGUUUUGAAGAGGAUUUUCUGUCCUCUGACUCAGGGAGUGAACAGGGCAUCGCAGAAGCGCCGAACCCGAAUCAAGAACCAAAGGGAACAGAAGAACAAAUGUCAGACAUAUGUCUGUCGGACCCGUCAGAGGUGGAGGUUUCCCCACCGCAGGCAGAAGGAGAUCUCCCGUCUCUGGCCAGCGCCAUGGCCACUGCUCAGUUGUCUGGGAGUUGAAGAAUUGUACUAAACCUUUCCCAAAAAGUUACCUUGUUUUUCUACCCCUCCACCCUCUUUUUGACUUUUUUUUUUUUGGGGUGACUUUAACUUUUGAAGGAGAACCGCAGCUGGCACACAAAACUCAAAAUUUUGUGGACAGGUUUUUCUUUUAAUUUGGAAUUCUUAUUGAUAAUAAUAAUGA